AGUGGACUCUGGCAGACCAAGCCGCCACGGCGACGAGUCCCCUCGCCGUCACUCGCGUGGCCAUGCGUUGCUCACUGUGGUCCGUACCAUCUUACGAACGCCACUGUAACCGUUGUACGUGAUUUUACCUGCACGUCACAAUGUUUAAAAUAUAAAAUUGCCGGAGGACAGUUUUCCCCGUGGAAUUUCCCCGGUGCGCCCCAAGUCCCAAGUGACUACGAAUUUUUUUGCAAAAUUCAGGCCGAUUAAAAAAAAAAAUUUCUGGUAAAAAAAGUGCUGGUGAAAAAAAUGAUAGUGAUAGUUCACCGAUAGUGAUGUUCACGAUUGUUCGCGAUGCACUCGCGAGAGUGGAAGCGAAUCGCGAAAUUUGUGGCCUCGCGGAGUGAUGGGAUAAAGGGUGGGAAUAUCGAUGAACAGGGGAAGUACAGUAGUUAUGGGAAAUUUUGCGGACGAUUGUUGUGAUAAAAUAUGUGUUGAGUGUUACGACGUAUUGUGUGAGUGAUAUUUUUUUUUUCUUUCAUGAUUUUAGUCUCCAGUGCUUCGGAAAUUCAUGGACAUUUCAUGAGGUACCGUGGGGACGCAAAAGAAAGGAAACGCAACUUAACUGAUGAGUGGAAACAUGCCGUCAGGACCCAAAUACCGGAUUAGGAAACUGCACACAGGGCCGAACGGCCCUGUGCAACUACUCAGGAAGAGGAAAACAGGAUUUAUUAAAAUAUAAAUAAAUCCCCCGGAAAUUUACCAAGUGGCGUUGAUCCGGCCAGGUGAUUAGGUUCUACGGCCCUAUUGCUGGCCUGGCCAGCUACUAUGCAAAUUGCAGCUCUUCGUAUUGCUAUUGCGGUGGUUUGGUUGACCGCAUUUAUGUGGUUGCGGUUCACAGCUGCCAGUAAUAUUACCCUUUCAAUAGCGUCCAGAAAUAUUGAAGAGCAUUCAUUGAGGGACCACAAUCCCCAUCGAAUUAUAGAAAAGCGCAGUCCCUCCUUCGGAUUGACAUACCGAGAGAUCCAGAGUGUUUUGCGGCGCGAGGGCGGCGAGGGCGGAAGUCCCGUGGAGUGUUGUCCCACGGUUGAAGAGAUGAUUGAACCCACGGGUGGAAGGAACCGCCAGGGAGCCGGUGUUGAGCUCUACCGUCACCUGGAGAUUGCCCAGAGAUUCCACGAAUACUCGUGCCGCCCCGACGUUCUCGACAAGCCCUGCAGAUUUGUGGACAAGAAGCUUAUGAACCAGACGAGAUGUGUCCAAAAAUUUUCCUACUCCUACGCUAUCGUUGGAGAUCCUUCGGAAUUGCAUCAGUGGAAAAUCGACAGACUGGAGCAUCCACAUCGUCACAAAGACCAUCACGUACUUUUUCUCGGUUCAGGUUCGCCAUGGCGACUGGAUCACAUACGGGUACGAAGUGGUUGCAGUUGUGAAGUCUUCCCCAAGCCGAAGAAAAAAAAAGCGACAGGACUGAGGUCUAAAAAAGUAAAAAGUAAGAUGAGAAAGCCACGAGAGGAGGAUUUCUCAUGAAGUUAGUUAGUUUUUUUUUUAAAUAAUAAGAAAUGGGAUAAAUUGUUACCAAUGAAUAUACUAAUGAAUAUUAUGAGAUGACAUUAGGAUAUCUAUAGUUGGAAAUUAUUCUAUUAUUUAUUUACCGAGAAGGAUGUAAUUUACGAUUAUUUUGUUUCAUUCUACGAGUACUACAUGACAUGGAAUGAACAGCUCUUCAUUCUGCUUCGAAAUGUGAAGAUGGACAGUAGUUAAGAUAAUUUUAAUGCGAUUCAGUGCGAUUAAUUCACCGUGGCCAGUUUUUACUGUUAACGUUUUGUAUAUGAAAUUCAUGUAUUCAUGUAUGUAAUUAGCAUAUUAGUUUGGAGAUUGUAGAUUCCAUGAGAACUACGUGAGGAGUUUUUUACCCUGGGGGUUGGACGAUGUAAUAGUAGUUUCCUAGAUUGAAAUGAUACAAUUAGUUUGAAAUAAUAGAGAAAUUGAUAUUCAUUCGUCUUGCAGGACUGACUAAAUUGAGUACAAUAUUGUUUGCAGUGCUACAACGCCAGAUAUUAUUGCUAAAACUCAGUACAUUAUUUACGCUAGUUAAAUAAUACAAUUGUCCAUUACUAUAAUGUAAUUGAAAGUCAAUAUUUAUUUAGCAACUCGUUGAAGGUGUUCCCACGAUAUUACGCUUUUUUUGCAUUGAAAAAUGUUCCAAAAGAGAGUCUCAUGGACUUUUCCAGAUUAUUUUAUUUCGCAAAUCAAUAAAUAUAUUUUCGUAUUUUUGGAA